AUGUCAAAACGCAAAGCACCCCCCCUCGAAUCUCCAUCUAAACGCGUAAAACCUACCCCGGUACCCACUCAAUCCGUCAUAAAGGUCGCUCGUGUACCACCACCAAAGCCUCCCACCACUCCUCGACGCGUUCGAAGACUGCCAACUCCCACUUCAGACAGCGAAGACGAACUAGACGUCAUCCAGUCAUUUUCAGCUCGGAGAGUGAAGGCGAAGUCAGAUGCAGAAGACUCUCCUAUUCGGAGAACUACCAAACCUGCUGUUGCGCGGACGAGGCGGAAGGGUGUCGUCAAAACAGGCCCUGACGCCAACCACGACGCGUUAAGCUCAACAAAAUUGCUCGAAACCCGCACCUUACGUUCAGGAAAAACCACGCCUACAACUCCGACCAAGCCUAGAUCCCCGAAAAAGCCCGUACAAACUAGUAAGGCUGAAGCCAAUAACUCACCCAAGAAACCUACACGCAUCUCGCCUGUCAAAAAGGUUGAAUCCCCCAAGAAGGCUGCCAGGCGGAAGACACCUUUGCCUCCUUCGAGCUCAGAAGAUUCAGAGGAGUUGUCAGAUGUGCCAGAAAGUCGAGAACCUUCACCCAGCCCAUUGCCUCGUCAAGCGCCUGCGAUCACCCCUCUCAUUGCUCCACGACCAAUUGCACCGUUAAAUGCCACCAACUGUUUGGAUCUCCAGAAACGCCAGAUUCUGCGCGUCUUGCAACAUCCUUUGGACCUUGACGUUGAAGAGGAAGGUUCUCCGAGCCGGAUCGCUUCACAGCAAUUGAGUGACUUGCUCAGUGGUACUGUCGAGAGGGGGGAGGGAAAUAGCUGUAUGUUGGUGGGCCCCCGAGGAAGUGGCAAAACAAGUAUCGUCGACCAGUGCAUAGCGAAGUUAUCUGAGCAACCGAUUGUUCUGAGACUAUGUGGGUGGACGCAGCAAACGGACAAGCUCGCGAUACGUGAAAUUGCGUACCAACUUGGACAUCAAACGGGGAAAUCUUUUCUUGUUCCAGAUGAAAACCAAGGCGUUGAAGAGAAUCACGAAGCUCCCUCUGGCAUGUCUGCACUGAUUACUGCUCCUGCGGCGCACCUUCCUGCUCUCAUAUCUGUUCUCCCGACCCUUGCACGACCCACUGUUGUCAUUUUGGAUGCACUCGACCUCUUCGCUCAGCAUCCUCGGCAGUCUUUGUUGUAUUGCUUGUUGGAUACUGUUCAGAGUUGUCGAGCUGGCACCCAAACGAAAGGUCUUGCUGUCAUUGGCGUGACUAGUCGCAUCGACACGCUCAAUAUGCUGGAGAAAAGAGUCAAGAGUCGGUUUUCUGGGAGGAUGUUCCGAACGGCCCCGCCCGUUCAAUCCCAGGACUGGCUUCGGCUUACUGGUAGAAUACUGGCCUCUCAAGUCGACAAUACCAUCAUCGAGAUGGAUGAUUGGAAGGAACAGUGGACCUCCGCAGUUCAACUAUUCCUCAACGACCCGAAAGUUUGCACCGCGUUAAAGGAAACUUUCAGUCUCACCAAAGAUGUGCGGGUGCUCGUAAGAUUGCUGAUUUCACUUGUCGUUAGACUUUCGCCUUCGUCCCCAUUCCCGACGUUAAGUCUGUUGGAGACUGCGAUUGCGACCCAGCGCUCUCGCCCGCCUUUCCCCAUGCUCCAUGCCCUCCCAUACCCAUCAAUAUGCCUCCUAAUUGCUACAGUACAUAGUCAGGCAACUGGCCACCCAACGUUUACUUUCGAAAUGCUUUACGAGCGGGUUCGGGACCAGAUUCGUAGUUCAACGGCCGCCCCAGUUCUGUUCCAUGGCAGCAGCAUCGGCAUGCCUCAAUGUUCGCGUUCUGUGUUACUCAGCGCCUUUGAAGGCUUAGUGUCAGCAAAGGCCAUCGCGUUCGUUGCGUCUUCUGCUGGUAUGGCCAAGGAAUUUGUGAAAUACCGCGCUGUUGCGAGCAAAGAGGACAUCAAACGCGCACUGCAGGUCAAAGGCGACGUAAAUUUGACCAAGUGGUUUACAAAGGCAACCCAAUAG